UGGGGAUGUUUGUUCCUUCUCUAUUCCAAGUUGGGUUUAUCAUCUCCAGGAUGUGUUGGAGCCAAGCAGCAGUGUUUCCUAGAUGCGGGGGGUCAGUGCUCCUGUUCCUUGCAGGAAGGAGGCAUACGUUCCUUGCAGUGGAGUUUUACUUUCAAGUUCCCCAGUCAUGUGAUUUCUCCAAACUUCGAUGCAGCAUUAACCUUUUCAGUUUCACUUCUUGCCCCCCAGCCCUUUCUAGCCAGUGUUCAGCUCAUGCAGCGUCUUCUCGCUACACUUCAGCAACUGCCUUUCUAGGAAACAAAGCCGAGCUGCAGUAGCUGCUUCAUCCCAGACGCAGGGAACCGGAACAUCUGAAAGCUGCAGGAAGUUUAGCAUCUAAAAUGUCAAGCUACGUCAUUGAAGUUGCCAACAACAGUAAGGGAUGUGUCACCGUUGUUGUUAGUACCAAUCCGGUAUUACAAUUGUUGAGUGAUUCUCUGACUGUGACCUUCCCCGCCUACGAGCUCCUCAAGUCAUUCUUCCCUAAAGACAAGCGGAGCAUUUCACCAGGGGAAACCUCAGUUGUAAACAAAGUUAGUAUCUGGAAAAUGUUCACCUAUGGAGUUGGGUUGACAGGAGCAGAAUGGUACUGCAUUACAGUGACCAGAGAGGAUGAUGAGUGGGUGGCUGUGUGUCAAACUCCUCUGCAUUGCACCUGGAUUGUGGAGGAUGAGAAAAUCUACCGCCAAGAUAAACCGUCAAUAUGCAAACCAUUUAGUUUUGUACCUGAUGAUAAAUCCAGCUACAUCAUUAAAGUUACCAACAAAACCAAGGAAGUCAUCAGUGUUGUGCUUCAUAAAGAUCUGCUAGCCCAAGUGCUGAGCAAUGGACUACGAAGAAUUUCAAGCCAUGUGAGAGACCGUUACUUCAAGUCAGGGGUUACAGUUUGUCCAGGAAAAACAAAAACUAUUCAUAAAGUGAACCCCAGGAAUUUAUCCUUCUACAAAUCCAUCAUGAAUGUAGCAGGCAUGGUAAAUAUGUCAAUCUAUUCUAUAAUGGUGAUCAGGGAAAGGGAUAAACAGAUCGCUCAGUGUAACACCCCUUUGCAUUGCACCUGGAUCGUGGAGAGCCAUGGAAUGUGGCAAGAAAAUAAACCUACAGAAGUUUGCAAAUUUCAAUAACAUGCUUUUUUCCUGCUGCUUGCUUAUAAAAAUAUGGAGAAGAUGACCCCGAUGAAUACGCCUUAUAAGUCCAUGGGGCUUCGCCAGUAUUAGCUUUAGGAGCCAACACAACAGUUGUGUGUGUCCUGGUGACUAAAUAUGUGAACUAACCAUUUGCAACAUAUAAUUUAUCUGACAAUUUUUUUCAGUUUUGAAUAAAUCACUUGCAAAUAAUUUCUUAGUAUUUAGCCAGUUCCACUGAGGCAAAUGUAUUCACCACUUCUUUGUGACAAUCGAAUAAACUCUCUAUGAAUAUA